UGGCUCCCACUCAUUAUUAUGAAGCUUAUGAAUAGAACAUCAGAUAAUCAAUGAUCAAUUUUUUUUCUUUUAGCAUCUAUAGCUUGGUUGUCAACAUGCAUCCCUUCACCAGCAGCCACUACAGAGAGGAUGUGUGUGUUCCUGGCUAGUCCACAAAACACAGAAUGGACCCAGAGAGCAGGGAACGUAAGUGGAUUCAGUCAGCACUGUGCCAGAACUCACUGCUGCAUGGGUUAUUUCCGGCUGGAGAGUGAAAAACCCACGCCUGUCCUAUUAGGUUGUAGUAUAAUCCAAACCUACUGCCCAAACUUUUCAUGCCAUGCAUCAGUACAUCAUCAGAACUACAUUGGGUGUGUGUGCAGCUCAGAUUUCUGCAAUGCAAACAUUACCUGGAACCAGCUAGCCAAGCAAACUGAAUACAAGCGUCCUCAGUAUACCUCAGGUACUACAGAUCUACUGGGGGCCAACGUCAUCAUUAUUCCUGCUGGAGCUCUGAUUCUGUUAUUUUCCCUCAUAACUGCACUGAAGUGGAAAAUUCUUCUUAAAUGCUGCAGGCCUGUAACACCACAAAACACACUUGACAUCUUUGAGGUAUCUAAUAUUGACCUGGGCAAACAGCUGGAGAUGCAAAAGGUAGUUGCUUGUGGCCAUUUUGCAAGUGUGUGGCAUGGAACAUUCCAGGGAUCAUCGGUGGCCUUGAAAGUGUUUCCUACAGCACUACAACAAGACUUCAUUAAAGAGAAAGAUGUCUACAAGUUACCUUUAAUGAUGCAUUCUGGGAUUGUAAGGUUUCUUGGAGAUGGAAGAAUGGGGAAGGACUUUGUGCUUGUUUUGGAACUGGCAACCCAAGGUUCUUUGAAUGCAUUUCUGUCUAGAACAGUGUGUGACUGGGCAUGUACACUAAAACUAGCUCAAACCCUCUCGCAAGGACUGACCUAUCUGCACACUGACUUAAAAAUGAAUGGAGUCUAUAAACCAGCGGUGGCUCAUUGUGAUCUCAGCAGCAGUAAUGUUCUGGUGAAAGCUGAUGGUUCUUGCACUCUGUGUGACUUUGGAUGCUCCACCGUGCUACAGUGCCAAUCACUACAGGGUUAUUCUGGCACAGUAGAGGGCAAAAUUCAGAUGGGGACUCUGCAGUACAUGUCACCUGAGAUCUUGGAGGGAUGCGUGAAUCUGAGUAGCAGUCGUUGUUUGUUGCAAGGAGAUGUGUAUUCCUUAGGACUACUGCUUUGGGAAUUGCUGAUGCGUUGCUCUGACCUCUGCAAAGAUUAUCCUGUUCCAGAACAUAUGUUGCCUUAUGAGCCUGAACUGGGACGCAGUCCAUCCCUUGAAGAUCUUCUUGCUUUUGUGUUGGAGAAAAGAUUGCGUCCAACUAUACCUCAUCUGUGGGCCAGAUUCUCUCAGGGGUCAUAUCUCCAUGAGCUCCUUGAAGAUUGCUGGGAUCACGAUGCAGAUGCAAGACUCACAGCAGAGUGUGCGGCCAAUAGAUUAGCUUCUUUAACCCUCUAA